UUAUCUCCAGGAUCAGCCCAGUUUAAGGACGACACGUUCUUAUCUAUGCUUGGUCUGUGGAGGUGAAUUGCUUGGUCUCAAUAUAUAUCCUCUUGCUCCAACCGAGCGCCAUAAUUUACAGAAGUGCUUCUGUUUUGCUUUUGUGGGCUACUGGGAUAUGGGGCUCUCAAGUUUCCCUGGUGCAGCAGGAGUGCUACCAGAGUUACUCAUGAACACAAUCUUAUUAGUGGCUCUACUGAAAAACACGGUGAGGUCAGUGCUGCAAGUGAUGGCAGGUGCUAACUGGACACCUCCAGAUUACGAGGAAGAGCCAGAUGGACAUCCACAAGAAAAUGCAAGAGAGAGAAGAAUGUCAAUAACCCAGUUCAAGAGCUUGCAGCAGAAUGAUGGCACAUGCUAUAGGGUUAGUACUGCAAUGGAAUGUUGUGUGUGUCUAUGUGGAUUUCAAGCUGAAGAAGAGGUGAGUGAGCUGCAUUGCAAGCAUUUCUUCCACAGAGGUUGUUUAGACAAGUGGUUUGAUAACAAACAGGCUACUUGCCCUCUUUGUCGAUCUAUCAUUUUAUUAGAUUCAUAAAUUUUCUUA